UUUUGCCAAAAAUUUUAGGUGUAUACCUUGUGCACCCAUGAUACUUGAUAGCCCCGCCACUGGUUUUGAAACACAGCAGCGAGAGGCAUCGCUUCUUGCCUUCUUGUCAGGAUGGUUUGGUUUGCCUGCCGACGCCGGGGGCCGCUGACCACUGGAGGAGAUGCAAGACGAGCUUCUACGGUGACCAGAGAAGAGAGAGGAUGAAGGCACAGUAGAACUGCAGAAGGCAGCAAGCAUGCAAGACGAGACUAGCUUUCACAUCGCCACCACAGGAUGCGCAACCGUGUGCAGCGUGCUACGGCCGUAAGAAACCGAAGAAUGCUGCCGCGGUUUCGACGGGCCUAACUGGAUCGUCAAUCUCGUCCGACGGUACGAAGUUUUAAUGGGCCUGACUGGAUCGUGCACGCCGUCCGCGACCCAAAUCGUGCUUCCCGUUUACUCCCGGGUCCCGGCCCGUUUGAUUCCAAAGCCUCGCAGGAAAACUCGAAGACGCAGCCGUCCAGCUCCGCCGCCGGAGCUAAGAGAUGGCCGACGGCAGCGCCUCCGCCUCGCCGUCCUCCGGUUCCCCGCACCACCACCGCCACCACCGAGACGCCAUAAAGUCCUCAGUGCACAGUGCAGCAGCUAGCCGGCGGCGUGAACAAGCUGGUGCGAUAGGGAAGGAAAGAAGAGAAGCCUUGAUGCGUGCAAAGCGUGUAUGCCGAGCUCCGCUUUCCGGUACCGAUGAUGCUGCAGUGGAAGAGGGUGAUAUGGUUAUUGACGAGGAGAAAGCAGGUCUUGAGGCAAAGACGGCUCAAGCUGUUGAAGAAUUGAAAUCUGCUUUGUCAAGCCAGGGGAAAGGGGCUCAGAAGAGGAAGACUGAGGUGCUUCGUGCUUUAAGGCAUUUGUUGUCACAGUCUGAAGUACCUCCAGUUGAUGCAGCAAUUAAAGCUGGAGCGGUUCCUCUGUUAGUGCAGUAUCUGUCCUUUGGAUCAUCAGAUGAACAGUUGCUAGAGGCAGCUUGGUGCCUUACAAACAUUGCAGCGGGUGACCCGGAGGAAACUAAAUCCUUACUGCCUGCUCUCCCAUUGCUCAUUGCUCACCUUGGUGAGAAGAGCUCCACACUUGUCGCCGAGCAAUGUGCAUGGGCCAUUGGUAAUGUUGCUGGUGAAGGAGCAGAACUGAGAAGCAAAUUACUCGCUCAAGGUGCUUUGUGGCCUCUUGCCCGUUUAAUGCUAUCAAACAAGGGUUCUACAACAAGAACCGCUGCUUGGGCAUUGUCAAAUCUCAUCAAGGGGCCUGAUCCCAAGGCUGCGAAUGAACUUAUUAGCAUUGACGGUGUUCUAAAUGCAACUGUACAGAACUUGGAGAAGGCGGACGAAGAGCUAGCAACUGAGGUGGCAUGGGUAGUGGUCUAUCUUUCAGCACUUUCGGAAAAGGCUAUCAGUCUGAUAGUGAGAAGUUCUGUCCCAAAGUUGCUAAUUGGACGCCUCCUAGUAUCUGAGAACUUGCAGUUGCUCAUUCCGGUACUACGUGGUCUGGGAAAUCUUGUAGCCGGUGAUGCAUACAUGGUUGAUUCAGUUCUAACUGUUGGAAACAGUAUCACAGAUCAAGCUGUAACAAGUCUUAUAAAGUGUUUGAAAAGUGACAAUAGGGUUCUCAAAAAGGAGGCAUCAUGGGCCAUGUCGAAUAUAGCAGCAGGCAGUUUCGAGCACAAGAAAUUGAUUUUUGCUAGUGAGGCGACACCUUUGCUGAUACAGCUUCUCAUGACUGCACAAUUUGACAUUCGUAGAGAAGCAGCAUACACCCUGGGCAAUUUGUGUGUUGUCCCAGCAGGAAGUGCUGAACCCCCAAACAUAACUGUCGAGCACUUGGUCGCUAUCAUAAAUGGUGGAGCCCUUCCAGGAUUUAUAAAUUUGGUGAGAUCUGUUGAUAUAGAGAGUGCAAGACUUGGUCUUCAGUUCCUGGAACUGGUGAUGAGGGGAUACCCCAACGGACAAGGCCCAAAGCUCGUGGAGAGGGAGGAUGGCAUCGAGGCUAUGGAGAGGUUUCAGUUCCAUGAGAACGAACUGAUGAGGAACAUGGCCAAUGGGCUGGUUGACAAGUACUUCGGCGAAGAGUACGGCCUGGAUUGAGUUAUUGCUGCCAGUCAUACAUCUGGGUGAACUCACAGGGGCUACGCAUUCCCGCAAUCAUGGAACUGAAGGAUGUGUAAAUCAGCAUGGUUGCCAUGUAAUUUAGCCCUUGAUACUGAUGCAAAGGAUGUAGUAGUUGCAAUAUGUGAAAUUGUUAAGUGUGGACUGACUGUGAGCUAUGGAUAGUGCAAAGGAACUGUCGAUAAGCUUUGACAUGUUGUACGAUACGAGAAGUGGUGAAUAAAUAGACCUGAUGCUUCCCUUGUCU